GUAGCACACUGAAGAGAGAAACAACAUCACUCUCCCGACAACGCUACUCAGGCUUAAUGCGCUCCAAUACUUACACACACACAUACACACACAGACACACACACACACUCAGAGAGUCAAAGAUGCACAGCCAGGACAGCGUGUCGUCUGAUUCUUUAGCAGACAUGGCGGGUCCUCCUGGUCACUGGAUCUCCUGUGGUCACCCCUGUGCUGACCGGGCCGUGUGGAACCCGAGGUACUGCGUGCUCACCGACAGCCAGAUGCUGCUGCUUGACAAGGAGGAGGUCCAUCCCUUGCUUCUUCAGAACAGACGAAUGGACUCUAAGGUCCGCCUACUGCGUCGCACCAUUAGUGUUCCUGUGGAAACACAGUUCCCAGAGUUCCACAAUCAGCUGUCCACAGAGAGUGACUCUCCUCCGGAGAGGACCGGUCGGAGGAGGAGUAUGCCAGGCUCCGAUAAAGUCCUGCCCAACAUGGAGCCUGCUGCUGCUGCAACACCCUUCAGAGUCACCGGCUUCCUGAGUCGGCGGCUGAAGGGUUCUAUCAAGCGCACGAAGAGCCAGCCCAAACUGGACCGCAACAGCAGCUUCAGACACAUCCUGCCUGGGUUCAGAGGAGCCGACAACGACAGAUCCCAUCUGAUGCCGAGGUUGAAGGAGUCUCGCUCCCACGAGUCGUUACUGAGCCCCAGUAGUGCAGUCGAAGCUCUGGACCUCAGCAUGGAGGACGAGGUGCUCAUCAAACCUGUGCACACCAGCAUCCUGGGACAGGACUACUGCUUUGAGGUGACUACAUCGACGGGCAGUAAGUGUUUCUCGUGCCGCUCAGCCGCUGAGAGGGACAAGUGGAUGGAUGGAGGGUGGGGCAGGGCACAUAAUAGGAACAAAGACAAUUGUCGCCGGGUGGAGAACAUGCUCCGGCUGUGGAUCAUCGAGGCCAAGGACCUGCCGGCCAAGAAGAAGUACUUCUGCGAGCUGUGCCUGGACGAGAGCCUCUACGCCCGCACCAGCUGCAAGCUGAAGGCCGACAACGUCUUCUGGGGCGUAGCAGAAGCCUUCCAACCGCCGUCGGUGAAAGCAGUCAUUCACCUCUACAAGGACAGCGACAAGAAGAAGAAGAAGGCCGACAAGAACAACUACGUGGGCCAGGUCUACAUCCCUGUCGGCGCGGUCAGUGGACGGCAGUUCGUGGAGAAGUGGUACCCGGUGAGCCUGCCCAAUCCGGGGAAGGGCAAGGCGCCGGGGCCGAUGAUCCGCAUCAAGGCACGGUACCAGAGCAUGAGCAUCCUGCCCAUGGAGCUCUAUAAGGAGUUUGCGGAGUACACCACCAACAACUACAUGCUGCUGUGCUCUGUGCUGGAGCCCGCGCUCAGCGUCAAGAACAAGGAGGAGAUGGCCUGCGCACUCGUCCACAUCCUACAGAGCACCGGCAAGGCCAAGGACUUCCUGACAGACCUGAUGAUGUCAGAGGUGGACAGGUGUGGCGAGAACGAACACCUGAUCUUCAGAGAGAACACACUUGGCACCAAAGCCAUCGAGGAGUACCUCAAACUAGUGGGACAGAAAUACCUACAGGAUGCACUGGGUGAGUUUAUAAAGGCUCUGUAUGAGUCGGAUGAGAACUGUGAGGUGGACGCCUCCAAGUGUUCGGCGGGGGACCUGGGGGAACACCAGAGCAACCUGAAGAUGUGCUGUGAGCUGGCCUUCUGCAAGAUCAUCAACUCCUACUGUGUGUUUCCACGGGAGCUGAAGGAGGUGUUUGCGUCGUGGCGACUGGAGUGCGGUAACCGGGGGCGACCGGACAUCAGCGAGCGUCUGAUCAGCGCGUCGCUCUUCCUGCGUUUCCUGUGUCCGGCCAUCAUGUCGCCGUCGCUUUUCAACCUGACGCAGGAGUACCCUGAUGACCGCACCGCCCGCACACUCACGCUCAUCGCCAAGGUCACGCAGAACCUCGCCAACUUCACCAAGUUUGGUAAUAAGGAGGAGUACAUGUCCUUCAUGAACCAGUUCCUGGAGCACGAGUGGACCAACAUGCAGCGCUUCCUGCUGGAGAUCUCCAACCCUGAGACCAUCUCCAACACGGCCGGCUUUGAGGGCUACAUCGACCUCGGCCGAGAGCUGUCCACCCUGCACUCACUGCUCGCAGAGGUCGUCUCACAGAUGGACCAGACUUCAGCCUCAAAGCUCGGCCCAUUACCCAGAAUCCUCCGGGACGUGCACACAGCGCUGACCAAUCCGGCGGGUGUUCAGAUGAUGGCACCGCCCGAACGCAUGCCCUCUCCUCCCGCCCCCAGCUGCAGUAUCUCCACCGGCCUCCAGAAGAUGGUCAUCGACAGCGACCUAUCAGGCCUGGUGGACUUCACUCGUCUCCCGUCCCCGACUCCUGAGAAUAAGGACCUGUUCUUUGUGACGCGCGGUGGGGGCAUCCAGCCGUCUCCAGCCCGCAGCUCCAGCUACUCCGAGUCCAACGAGCCCGACCUGGGCCUGGGCACCGGGGGCAAGAGCCUCUCCAUGGUGGACCUCCAGGAGGCCUCCCGCAGCCUGGACACUCCCCAGGGGAACAACUCCCUGGACGGGCUCGGCGUGGAGGAAGGAGCUCUGGUGCCCUGGUCCGGCCGCACUCCCCAGGGCAACCACCAGGGGGGGCCCACGCUGCGCAGGCUGGGCCAGUCGUCCAUAGAGGGGGCGCCGGGUCGGCCGGCACAGCUGCUCGCCCCGCUGUCAUUCCAGAACCCCGUGUACCAGAUGGCGGCCGGCUUGCCAGUGUCGCCUCGAACCAACUCGGGUGGAGUCGGCGAUUCCGGCUCGGAGUGCCACAGCUCCGUCAGUUCCCAUAGCAACAACGAGGACGCCGUGACGGCACAAACUGGCAAACACGGGCUGGCCAACCACGCUGCCGGGAGCAGUGGAGGGGAGGAGUUUGGCGGCCGCCGGUCGGGGGAGUACACCCGGCGACAGCUGUCACUCACCGACUCCCAGCACCAAUCAGGAGUGCCGCGGCAGAACAGCGCCGGCCCACAGAGGCGAAUCGACCAACCGCCACCUCCGCCACAUGGCGCGACCCGAGGCCGGACCCCACCGAGCAUGCUCACUUCCACCCCCUACCCACGGCCGUCCAGCGGCAGCGUGAUGUCAUCGUCCUCGCCUGAUUGGCCGGGCAGCAGUGGGGCCAGACUACGGCAACAGAGCUCCUCCUCCAAAGGGGACAGCCCGGAGACCAAACAACGCGAACAUAAACAGGCCCCUCCCCCAGUGAACCCCAGUGCUUUGGACCGCACGGCGGCUUGGCUGCUGAAUAUGAAUGUGCCAUAUUUAGAGCAGGAGUCAGAACCCAGCCACAGGGACGAGCACACACACCCCGACAAGUACGCGGCGGAGGUGUGUGUCCUGCAGGACAAGCUGCGCUCCUCGCUGCAGAAGCUGGACGAGGCCGAGCAGCGGCUGAAGGAGCAGGAGGAGCAGGCGCAGAAGAUGCUGCUGCAGUACCAGAGCCGGCUGCACGAAUCCGAGGACCGACUGCGCAGGCAGCAGGACGACAAGGACCUGCAGAUGAAGGGCAUCAUCAGCAGAUUGAUGUCAGUGGAAGAGGAGCUGAAAAAGGACCAUUCUGACAUGCAAGCUGUGAUUGAUUCCAAACAGAAGAUUAUUGACGCACAGGAGAAGAGGAUAGCGUCUCUGGAUGCGGCUAACGCGCGGCUCAUGAGCGCCCUCACGCAGCUGAAGGAGCGCUACAGCAUGCAGACCCGCAAUGGCAUCAGCCCCACCAACCCCACCAAGCUACAGAUCACCGAGAACGGAGAGUUCAGAAACAGCUCCAACUGUUAACCUGCUCACACACACACACACACACACACACACACACACACACACACACACACACACACACACACACACACACACACACUAACCCCACCAUACUAUAGAUCACAGAGAACGGAGAAUUCAGAAAUAGCUCAAACGGCACACACACCACACACACAACACACACACACCUCACAUACAUACACUUAAAUAAGUGCAUGAUCAAAACGUCAUCAGUCUCACGAACUCUAAAAACUACAGAUUACUGACACAGGAGGAUGUAGGAAUAGCACACAACAGUACACAAACACACACCACCACCACCAACAACAAUAACAACAGCAGCAACUACAGCAGCAACAACCUAAAACUGCAGUUUGAUUGAAAAGGGAUAGUUCAAGUACAGCUUCAGAAGAUCGCAGUCAAAACACAUGCAGAAAUCAAAUACACACACACACAGAACUUUGUGUAGAUAUCCACUUUUGCCAGGUGUCAGUGGACAACACUCAGACAAUCUGAUUGGACAGACUGCAUUGGACAGACCCCAUUGGACGGACAUUACUGGGUGGACCGUAUUGGACAGACUGCAUCGUCAUGUUUUGCUCGGAUUCAAGAGGAGGAGCAUUCGCAUAGACAUGCUGCUGUCACCUGGGACUGAACCACUAUACAGCAUAACCAUAACCACACACACACACACACACACACACACACACACACACACACACACACACACACACACACACACAUCUGGCCGCAAACAUUUUCCCUCUUCCUUCUCCUCUUUUCUCUCUUUCCCUCUAUCUGUCUGUGCAAUCGCUCCAAGCUCAUUUGACUCUAACGGACUCUCCUUCCGACUAAAAACAAGACGGUCAUCACGUGCAAUGAUUCUAUUUGUCCGUUUAGAGUCCAAACUGAUUUGGGCUUCAUUAACCAAAUAGGACUUCUGACUGCUAGUCUCUGGCCCAGGCCCCAAGGCAAGCCCCUUACCAAUGCGACCUCCCCUUGACUCCUUGUGUCCUUUCGAGUGCACUUCUGUGUGUCUGCCUUCAUAGUCUCCUCAAGUCCUCCAACUUUGUGCACUUUGCGAAAAGCUCUUCAGUAUGAGAAGCCUUAAAAUGAAUGGAUCGUCCCUCCUCAACUUUUACUUCAAUCAGCAAAAAACUAUUUUUUAACAUAAAUAUACAGAAAUUAUAUUAUUAUACACUACAUAAUUUAUCCCGGAAAAUAAAUUACAUCUGAGAUAUACAGCAUAGUUAUAUAUAAAAUAUAUUACAGAAUCUACAAAGCUGGUAAAUGUAUUGGACUGUAUGCAUUUGAAAUCAGUCUGUUCCCAGGAAAAGAGCAGAAAUGUACUUUGUGAUGUUUGAUGUUCACCCUGUCUGGGUGUUUCUAUUUUAUUUUGACUUUUAAUUGUUAUUUUUAAUUAUUUUCCUGAUGGUCAAGUCCCAGGUCACUGCUUCAUGUGCACUUAAUGGACACUAGGUCCUGUGGCCUCAGGAGUGCACACUUCAGAAUGAGUGCUCUUACUUGGGGGAAGGUGUAGUUUGAGCGUUCUUUGGGUCAAUUUGUCUGUUAUGUAUGUAUGUAUGUAUGUAUGUAUGUAUGUAUGUAUGUAUGUAUUGUUGUUUUAAUUUACUUUUUAAUUAAUAUCUCUCACCCCUUGUUUCUACUCCUGAAUGUGGUCUUGUUUGCCUAUGAAAGAGAGAGAGAGAACUAAUAAAAUAAAUAAUCAUCUAACAAGCAUUGUGGCAGUAUGGCCCCCUAGGGGAUGGGAGGGUGAAUGUCGCUACAGCACACGCCCGUAGUGGUCUGCUGUGAAGCUCCCCCUGCCCUGGUCCCAAUGCAGACUCUAAAGCCCACCAAGGACCCUAGAGAUAGAUUGCUAUCUCAAGUUGAAAACCCAUCACUCCUUCCACACUCUUUCUGUUCUUUUCUUCUCCUCCUCCUUUACCUUGCCUUCACCCCUCUCUCAUUUUCUUAAAGACUGUGGAUGCUCAGCCUUCAAUGUACCCAACACUGAUGUGAGUUUGCCACAUUGGAUGUCCAGAAGUCCACUCCAAAACCCAAACGCUAACGUGGUUUUGCCAAGUUGCCCCCAUCCCUGCCUCCUGUGUUCUCACGUGUCCGCAAGACAUUUCAGCAUUUUUACUUUGUAUAUUUUUGUAUUGUAUUUUUUUUUUUUUAUUAUUGUUAAUACGUACAAAACAAUCAGCCAGACAGAGAACCAGUGGACAAGUGCAUGCCUGUUGGUCAGCUUGCAGUGAGCAGCUGACCGCACUGUUGCCAUUUGAAUUCCCCUGUUGCCAGUGAGGACAGUGUGUGUG